UAUAUAUAUAUAUCAAUGGAUUUAAUGUUGGCAUCGAAAAAAGCAGAUAAAACAAUAGUGGAAAUUGAAGGAGUUGGUGGAUACUACACUUGGUCAAGUACCCAUUUUCCUCUUCUUAGCCAGAAAAAACUUGCUGCUGGAUUAUUAGUCCUCCAUCCUCGUGUGUUUUCUCAACCUUACUAUUCUGUGUCCUCAAAAUUGGCUUAUGUUUGUGAAGGUGAAUGCAUUGUUGGACUGAUAACACCGGAAGAUUCAAAAGAAAAAGUUAUAAAAAUAGAAAAAGGGGAUGCCCUACCAAUUAACUUGAAAGCAAUCUCAUGGUGGUACAACGGUGGAGAUGCUAAACUCAAAAUAAUUUUUUUGGGAGAAUAUGAUGAUGAAAACACACCUGGAACACCCUGCUAUUUCUUCUUAACUGGUGUCGCCGGUAUUCUAAAAGGAUUCUCUAAUGAAUUGAUAGCUAAAUCUUUUCACAUGACCAAAACUGAAUUCGAAAAAAUCAUAAAAGAUCAGAGUAGUUCUAAUGUUUUAAUUAAGAUAAAGGAAGGGACAAAAAUGCCAGACCCAUGCAACAACGACGUGAAACACAAGUUGGCUUUCAACUUGGAUAGUGCUAAACCUUGUGUUGAGGUGAAAAAUGGUGGAACUUUAUCCGUGGUAACUUGUAGGAAUUUACUGUUACUUGGAGAUGUUGGACUAAGCGCGAAUCGCGUAGUUUUGGAAGGUGGUGCUUUGUUUGGUCCCAUUUUUACAGCGGAUUCGUCAGUUCAAUUGAGUUAUGUUACAAAAGGAAGUGGACGUGUUCAAAUUGUAGGACCUUUCGGUAAGGUUGUGCUGGAUACUAAAGUGGAGGAAGGUGAAUUGUUCUUUGUUCCUAAAUUUUUUCCCUUUGUUGUGGAAGCUGAUGAAGGAGGAAUGGAGUUCUUCUCUGUCAUAACGUCAUCAAAGCAAGUAUAUGGAGAAUUAUCAGGUGGGAAAAAAUCAAUUUGGGAAGCAGCAUCUCCAUCAGUUUUAGAGGCCUCUCUAAAUAUGACUUCAGAUUUGUCUGAGUUUUUCAAGUCCAAGAUUGCUAAGGGUGCAGUGAUUGCCCCGCCUUCAACUAUUUAAGUAAUGGUUCCAGUUAUAUGUUACUUGUUAGACAUUUGGGAUGUAUACAUAUGCUUAACAAGUGUACAAUACAACCAUAAUACAAUUAAUAAUUUUAAUUCUGUAUAUGCUUGAAAUUAAGAUCGAUGAUGAAGUAGAUCUACACUAUUCUACUUCGGUUGUUCCCAUCCACAGAUGUAAGCAGCUUUGUUUUUAGCUAGUCCUGAAUGCAAGCUUAUAUGCUGCUGCGCACCAGUAUGUAUAUAUGAAUGUCUUCUUAAGAAUAAAAGGGAAAUGAAUUUGGUGCUUCUUUGAA